GUCCCUUCCUCGAGCCCGGCCAGGCAGGCGGGUGGGCAGGCAUCUCCGGUACCUGCCCCGCUUCUCCAGGCGCUGGCAUACCAAGCUCUCCGCCUCGGAACAGUUGCGUCUCCAUCUGGCUUCUAACGCACCCAAGCUUUCUUCUCCUCCAUCUCCACCUUCCUGCCUUCCCUCUCCUCCCCCUCCUCUCCGUCUUCCCUCUCCACCCCCGCCCCCAAUCUCCUCCUCUUUUUCUCACUACCAGCCGUUGCUGAUGCUGAAGCCGAGCGUCACUUCGGCUCCCCCGGCAGACAUGGCGACACUGACAGUGGUCCAGCCGCUCACUCUGGACCGAGAUGUUGCAAGAGCAAUCGAACUGCUGGAAAAGCUACAGGAAUCUGGAGAAGUACCAGUGCAUAAGCUACAGUCUCUCAAAAAGGUGCUUCAGAGUGAGUUUUGUACAGCAAUCCGAGAGGUGUAUCAAUAUAUGCAUGAAACGAUAACUGUUAAUGGCUGUCCUGAGUUCCGCGCAAGGGCCACAGCAAAGGCAACAGUUGCAGCUUUUGCAGCUAGUGAAGGCCACUCCCACCCUCGGGUAGUCGAGCUGCCAAAGACUGAUGAAGGCCUUGGUUUUAACGUAAUGGGAGGAAAGGAGCAAAAUUCUCCAAUUUAUAUCUCUCGCAUCAUCCCUGGAGGGGUGGCUGAAAGACACGGAGGCCUCAAAAGAGGAGACCAGCUGCUGUCAGUGAAUGGAGUGAGUGUGGAAGGAGAACAUCAUGAGAAAGCUGUGGAACUACUCAAGGCUGCCAAAGAGAGCGUCAAGCUGGUGGUCAGAUAUACCCCAAAGGUCCUGGAGGAGAUGGAGGCCCGCUUUGAAAAGCUGAGGACAGCCCGGCGCCGACAGCAGCAGCAACUGCUCAUCCAGCAGCAGCAACAGCAGCAGCAAUUGCAGACCCAGCAGAACCACAUGUCAUAGGUCUUCCCAGAAAAAGCUACUGGAUCAAACAUCUGAUUGUCACAAAUUGGGAAACGUGCUCCAGAAUCCCAGCACAUAGUAAAAGGAAAAGGCAGCACCAAUAACUGUACCCGUCAACAAGCUGUGAACACAUGGUGUAUAAAUCCUUUACCGAGCAACUCAACACCUUUCGUCUCUGGGCUUCAGCCCCUGCUCACCCAGACCUUCCAUUCACCACAGUGGAAACUCUCAGUGUAGCAGGAGAGAUUUUACAGUCUACAGACUGAAACAGUAUAAGAAGAAUAAAGUCUGUGACUUUUGAAUAAAUCACCAGAGCCAGGAUUAAGUGAAUCUUUGGUCUAGGGCUUUUCCAGAGAUUAACAAACCCAUCAUUAGGUUAUAGUUCAAAUUGCAUCUGUUGGAGGUUGUCACCAUUUGAGAGAAACCUACUCACUGCCCCUCACCCUGACCAGUUCCACUAUCCAUAUUUCUCAGUAAUAUGAGUUGGAAUUCCAUUUAACUAGAAACUCAACCUUAAUUCUCCUCUUGGAUAUCACAAGUUAUGUUUAUAAUCUCUUCAUGCUCUAGAAACAGUUGGCUUUUUAUUUUCUGUUGUUAUGAAUUUUAUUAUGCAUCAGCAGAUUAGGAUAAUUUUUGCUUAACUUUUACUUUGGGUAGGAACUUUAGUACUGUACACUUUUUAAAUUUAAGUAUUGCUUGAAUCUAUUAUUAAUUCUAAUAGAAUAUAAUGUAUAUUUAUUCCACAAAAUAUAUAUUAUCAGCAUACAUUUGUUAUACUUUGCUUACUAAGGAUUACAACUCUGUAAGAGUAUACUAUUCCUUCAUGAACUUAUCCUCAUGUGAUAUAUAUGACCGUGCUCUAAAUGUUGUUGCUAUUCUUUAGUUAUAUAUUUUUUCAUUGACAAGCUUUGGAGAAAUCUAAACUCAUUAUGCACAUAUUGAUAAGCUGUCAUGGAAAAAUACUUAGUAUGUUAAAGCUUAGGGCUUUACAAAAUUGAAUUGUAAUAUGUAAUAUAUGUACACACAUAAAAGUUUACAUGUCACCAAAGUUCAAAACACUUUUUCCCAAAUAUAAACCAUAUAUUUUUGGCAACUUAAGAUCAAAAGUAUUGGCCCUUUUAAAAUUAGGCAUGUGAGCUGGCGUGGUGGUAAACACCUUUAGUCCCAGCAUUCAGGAGUUGAAGUAGGAGGAUGAACAUGAGUUCUAGGCCAGCCUAGGCUAUAGAGCAAGUUCCAAGUCAACCUACGCUAGAGUGAGACCCUGCUUCAGAAAACAAAACAAACAAACAAAAAAAUUAGGCAUGUAGAUGACAGUGAUAUCAGUCUUGUGGAUGACAAGUGCUGCUUCCUGUACAGGGGAAAUAGAUUUCUUUUACAUAUUUUCAUAUUAUUUAGAUAAUGAGAUCUAUCAUCUUACACAUAGUUUUCAUAGAGUCCUGUGCUCACCUAGUCUAGUGUAAAGUUAUGGAAUGAAUAAGAAACAAAAUGAUCUGGGUACUUGAAUCACCUUAAACACAGAUUCCUAAGAAAUAGGAAGACUAGUUCGUUGCCUAGUUGAAACAAACUAGACAGACUGUUGAGACAGAGUCAAACAUUUUGAUAUUUCUCUUUUUCAAAAGCAGAAAAUGAUUCCCCAAGAUACAAUAAACUUGAUAGUUAAGAUAGUCUUCCAAAAUACAAAUCUAUAAAACUUGGUUUGGAAACUGUCUGAAAUUAAAAAUAAAAUCAGAAUUACUCAGCACAUUUUAUUUUACACUGCUGGUAUUAUUGUCAAGUGCUAGUUUUUUGUUUGUUUGUUUGUUUGUUUUUCUAUUCUUAAUAGUAUAUUAUCCACCAGGGUACAAACAGCAACCCGAGAGCUACACCAAUUUAUCUCAACACUGUUCUGGUCCCAUCCUUAAAUACAUAUCUUUUUUUUUUUUAUUACCAGAGAGAGGGGGGACAGUGAAGACCCUGAAUGUUAUGUAAAAUAGGUUUAUAAGAUACAAGCAUGAUGAAAAAUGAAUAAAAGGAGACUAUAUGAUUAUUCUUCAGUUUGAAAAAAUAGUUCACAUUUUUAUAAGAAAAAUGUAAUAAAACAUAUAUUUUAGUUAUCAUUUAACAAAGAAAUAUGAAAGCUAUUCUGGCAAUGCCACAAGACUCUCAUAAAAGGAAAUCACCACACUCUUUAAUGAGAAAAUGGUCAUUUCAACACAUUUCUACACAGUGUAUCAAUUUGGAGCUUAAAAUAUGCUUUUAUUUAGUUAGUAAAUGUUUAGUUAAUGUUGAAGUUGCCAUAUAAUUUCCCAUCAACACAAGUGUUAUCAAAAGAACUAUCAAAUGAGCAGAUAAUUUACGUUUGUGUUUUCUAGGAAGUCUUUGUAUUUUAUGAUUCAUUUGUAUAAUGUGAAUUACUGAUAAAUGUACGCCAAGUUGUUUGUCAAAGUGAAGGGGCAAUCCAUCACACCUGCAAAAUCCAAGGACAGAUUACGUGUCUUAUCGGUCCUACACACAAAUGGCUGGUUUUCUUCAGUAAAAUUUAGCUUGUUGACAUUCAGCCUUCCCUUAAAAUUUUAAUCAAAAAUAGCACCCCAAAGACAGAGUGGGGUGUUGUAGUUCUCUUAAGUUUUGCUGAAGCCAGAGGUAAAGGGGAAAAUAUAAAAAUUUACAUUAAUGGACUUUAUUACUAUUAAUCAUAUUAGAGCCACAGACAUGUCUGAUGCCAUACUUAACAAAAAGACAUUGUAGACUGCUCUUAUAGGAAGCUCAAUGUUAACCAUAAUUAAGUAUGACAAGUUAGGAAAAAUGAGAGUGACUUCUCAUCAGAGAUCUGCUGAUGAAUUUCAUUUCAUUCCCAUGUUGGUGGACAGUGGAAAAGAUUUUUCUAAAUGUUUUUCCUAUUGUGAUUUCUAAAACAAAAACAGAAUGCAGUUCAGUAUAAAAAAAGAAAUUCCUGAGACCAUUUUUACAAGAGCAUUUACAUUUGGAUUCCAUUGCCAUCUGAAAUAGAACAUCUGCAGGGAGAUAAUGAGCUUAAAUUACAAUUGACUUUGGAAAGAAUAACAGACUUUUGUGCUUCCUCAAUCAUGUAAUCAAUAGAGAAUUCGCUAGCAGUUUGAACUAGUUUAAGAUAAUGCUAAGAUCUAAUGCAAAAUCUAACAUUCAGGGACUCAUUAAGAAUUGGAGGUUGUCUCUGAAGAAUUUGGUGAGCUAAAGAUCGCACCAAUUUACAAUGCAAUUUUCAGCUGUCAUGUCACACUGAUCUUAUUUCCACUUGGGUAACUGUACAAAAAGAAGCCCCAAGCUGUGGAACACUUGUCUCCACUUUUUACACACCCAUUACUAUUAUUCAGAUGCCAGUAGGUGGGAGUCACGCACCACCUGUACAUGAGAGCAGCUUCAACCAUCAUGAGUUCAGGAAACUGCUCGGAAAAUUCAGGGAGCCCAAGAGCGUAAGAUCUUCCAAAGUAUAAGAUGCUCCUACCAAUCCUAUUCCUCUCUAAACCCCAAAGUCUUUGAGAGACAGGGAUAGAAUGACAGCCUAGCACAAUAAGGGUGCUCAACAAAUGUUUGUUGAAUGAAUCAAUUUUCGAAUAAAUGGGUAGAUUUGCGCUUUUGAUGAUUUCAUUAGCUAAUACUGAUGGGAAGUAUUAAUUUCUCAAUUCAUAGCUAAAGCCAGAACUGACUUGCAGACACAAUUUGGAAUCAAGUUACUUCAACAAUUUCUAGGAUUUAAAGACUUUUAAAAAAGGAACAAUGUUUAUGGGUUCAAGUUUUUUUUAAUAGUAAAUCAAGUCCAAAUCUUUCUAAAAUUUUGUAUAAGCAUGUUAAAUUAUUUGGCAUGAAGGAUUCAAAUAUGGACCUCCAUUUCUAAAUGUUAUAAGAGAUUUUUUUUGUUUGUUUUCAAAGUGUAAGAAGUUAUGACAUCAAGCAUGGUAGUAUUGCCUCUGAUAAUAACUCACAAUAAUCUCUAAGGAAUUCCUAGUCAUUGGAGACAUCAUUCCUAAAUCUGCCAAACUGUCACUAUUUUCCUAUUUGAUUCCUAGAAUGUACCUGAGCUAAAAAUUAAUCACAUGCCUACUCAAAGUGUUCCAUGGGUUUUUUCAUUUAACAAGUAUUUAUUGUGUACCUAGCAUAAACUAGGUUCUGGAUAUAUAAUGAGGCACAAGAAAGAUGUAGUCCCAUUAUAGAAUUUACCAUGAGAAACUUCUCAAUACUGAAGCUGGACAUAACUAAAAUGCACCAUCCACUAGAUCCCUUUCAUAUCUGACAGAAAUCAUAAAACACUUCAUGCACAGAUUUAUGUGAGCUUGCUUUUCUGAACAUACCACUCAAAAAUGCCACAGUGUUUAUCUAUCAACCAUGGUUCCAACCCACUGAAUUAGGCAAGUGAUAGUCCAUAGCAGUUAUGCAGCUCUUACUAUAUUCUAACGACUGUGCUCUAUGCUGUCUCAAACUAUAUCAUCGUACCACUUCAGCAGCCCUAGUCAGUAGUUUCAAUUUUAUAGACAAGAAAACUGAAACAUAGAUCUGUGUCUUGCCCAAGGUCACCCAGCUAGCAGAUAGUGCUGGGAUCUCAAUUCAUGAAGUCUGACACAAGAGCUCAUGUCCUUGAUCAUUUUCUGUCGGUUUGGGAGAUAUCAUUUCAUUAAAAUGAAUAAUUGUGCAUAGAAGUACUUUGAAAUUGUAAAAGAGCAUACAAAAUAUAACAGGAAAUUAUUACUCAUUCUAAUCAACAAAUCACAUCUGUGACAAAAGCAGGGUCAGAACUCAAUUAUAGCUUACUAUCAUAGAGAAUACUUCAAGCCAGGGACAUGUAUAAAAGUACAGAUCUAGAAGAUUAAUUCCUUGUUAGAAAUAUUUCAAUGACUUCAGAAUUAAUUAUGGUUAGCCACUGUGUCUAUUUGGUGCUACAAAAACUGAGAAAAAACAAAACCCCUGCUCUAAGGGCUUAUAACAAAUACACAGUGUGGAGAUGGACCAAGUAUAUUUCACAUUGAUGGGGAAGGAUUGGCCAGUUGUACCAUUUCUCACCAUUGCAUGUGCAUCCUGUCUUUCCAAUUGUUUUCAUUGUUUUUCUGAAAGAGCUGCAACAUUGUGCAGUGUAUCAACCUGACCAAAGUGGUAUUAUGCUGCUGGGAAGUAAAGGUAUUAAACACCUGC